AUGAACAGUGACUCACAAUUACUCUCGCCCCAACCAACCUCCAGACGAUUCUACAAAUUCACAGUUCUUACACCUCACUCAUACCUCCCACCUGACCAUCCGGCCAGUCUUGAAGAUGAACUGGCCGAGGAAUUUGCGAUUUAUUUGUGCGAUCGAGUCUCCAGUCUGCUUGGCGCGAGGACGUACAUGCCCAAGAAGAGCGGCGAGGCCUUUCUGAACAUGGAUUUCGACGAGUUUGAGGAGCGAUUCCUGCGGAAUUCGGAAUUCGCCAUUUUUAUCACGUCUGGCGUGAAUGCAGCCUGUCUAGACGUCAUCUACCCCCGCAUGCUCGUCUUCUUCACGAUUCGACCAACGUGGAGAAAUCGCGCCAUGGUGGUGUACAUUGGCCAACCCAGCGAGCAACAGAUCUACGACCAGAACCUCUUCGCGACUGAGGCAUUGAUUUUUUCGUUGAACAGAGACGAGUGGGAGUCUGAGGGGUCUCCAUGGCAGCGACUUCUUGGAACUCUUCAAACCAAAGUGCCACUGACACCCGAACUAAAACGACCGCAGUCAUCAAUGCGGCGUCACGUGCCAUCAGCGCAAAACUCAACCGUUGAUACAGACGCCAAGGCAGCCAAUGGCGACGAGGCAGGCGUGGUCGUGAGAGCACGCGACCAAUCAGAAGACAGCCUCGAGGAGCCUAUAAAGACACACUUGCCUAGCACGCAGAGGUCUAGUGCUUUUGCUGAACAAGGCGAUUCUGCGCCGCCUUGUCCAUCUCCCCGCGUCGGUGGUUUUUCGAGGUCACUUCGUCAAGAAGACUCGCGCUUAUGCACACACAACGUCCAUCGCAGCCGUUCACUCGAUGACAUGUGCUUUCUUGAGCCUUUCUUUCACGCGAGGAAGCCCUUUAGGAAAAAACGCAAGCGUCGCAACUCGGAUACGCUGAUAAUCAAAAACAUGCCUGGCUUCUCAUUGGCCGAAAAUAAGGAAGGCCGUUGCAGUCACCCCAGUGUACUGCAAUCUCCGAAGUUGACGCACGUGAAACAGGGCAACUCCGAGUCGACGUUUGACCAUCCACCGGAAUCGGUGGUCAUCAAUUCUCCAGAAGUCAUCCGUGUAAGUAUUCCCCACACAUCCUCACCCAGACCAGGAAAGAAGCCAAUGAACACCUUCUGUCUUCAAGUACAAGUCGAAGAACCUGCUGGAAGGCGGUGCAGUGCUAAUGGCACGUUAUCUGCGUCACCGAAGCAGGAAACACAAGCUACUUCCAAGCAUAGUCGCAAAGGAAAGCCAAGAAAUGAUUCUGGCAUCAUGUGCAAUUCUAGUUUAGUCUCCACGGAAACCAGCUGUUCCUCACCCAGUCUUUCUGAUCGUCCUCCCACAUCUCCGAGUGCUUCACCGUCAACUUUCGCCUCGUCCUCCCUCUCGUCUAGUCAUGAAUACACUGAAAAAGAGUGGCUUUCUUCGAGGACAAACAGAGAAGUACUUAGUCCGAGUCUUGUGCCUUUUAGCAGUCAAACGCAGAACACACCAAGCCAACGAUUGGACGACUCGAGCCUAAAUGAGCACCAGCUUUCAAUGUUGGACGACACCAUGAAGUACGCGGACGACGAGACGCUCAACGAUGAAACCAUCCACUCGGAUUUGAGCGGAUCCUGUGAAACAGAACCUUUUGUCAGACCUGGACUGCCGCCACUGAAGAAGCAGAAUUCCUCAGACGUCAGCUCUCCAUUUCACGAUCUGGUGGUUGAGCCCGUUCAAGGCGCUUUCGUGGAGCUGGCGCCACCAGCUGAGAUGUUCCAGAAUAACCGUAACUCGUGCCAAGGACCACGGAUCAUGAAUCCAGAUUCAAAGGCCUCGUCUGAGUCGUUGGACGAUCCAACUCUGCAGGAUGCCUCCGAUGUUGAGUUUACACAGGAUUCUUCCCUCCGCUGUUCCUACCCUCUCCACCAGCAUCAUGAACAGCCCCUAGCCGACGAAUUCAACAGUACCAUUCAGCCGCACUUGACACACUCUGAGCACGCAGUCCAAAGCUAUCAGGAAACUGACAUUGAUCAGCUGGAUGACCGGAGUGGAAGUUCAGAAGCUCAGAAGAGAGGUGUUCCCCAAAGAGACGUCAAAUCACCAGCUCCAAUUCAAGAAGAUUUGAUUCCAACUGUGAAGAGCACCAUCCUCCAGCAAUUGCCUCCUGCGUCGGACAAUGCGGACACAUUUGAUGGCCUUCCAUCCGAGUAUUCAGCCGAUGGAAUUUCUACGCGUAAUGCGGCAUUCCCUGAGCAUAACCAUAUCAGAGGGCAUUCGAACCACGAGUCUUUUGAGGUGAUUCACGACCUGAGGAAGCAAAUUUCACCAGAAACUCUCGAAUUGGUCAAGCGAGCUGUCAAAUCCUACGACGAGUAUCCCAGCCUAGUUCUAUCAGAAAUCGAUCAGGACGACCGCGUGACGCCAACAUCGCCUCUACCGCGAAUCCAGCGACCGCACUUCCUUCGCAGGACGUUUCCACAGGCCUUCGUCGCUGUUCUCAACCUCAGCACUGCAUACAUCCCUCGCUACCUUAGCUCUCUCUUCGAUUAUUCUCACGCCUCUUUGAGUGGAACCCCCCUAACCCCCAGUCACCCCGAUGGACGUCUCCGUUGGCUGACGGCGACUGCUCAGGACGCCAUUCUCGAUCACCCCCUGGGGGCUUCCACACUGCUGGCCGGAACCACCCUGGUCUCGCCCUAUAUCCUGCGCCAGUUCCCCCUCACCCUCCUGGCCUCGUGUGGCGCCCUCUCGCAGGCCUUCUACGCCGUCCUCCGUGAGCCCAGUGCAUUUUUCUCCGACCGCUUCGCCGAUCUGGUCGGGGUAUUCCACGCGACGCCAACGUGGGCUGUCUUCUCCGUUGUUGGCAGCCGCGGCGUGCAUUGGCGUCAGAAGUCCAUCCAUGAGCCCCCCCCCCACCCCAACCCACCCCCAGCACAUUCCUUUCGAUCACUUUCGGCGCAGGCAGUCUCACCGCCUCGCACAAAUCUUUCGACUCCCCUUCGCAACUGCCUGUAG